AUGACCGAAGUGCCCGUUGAGUGUAUCGGCGGCGGCAAGCCGGCAGCGAACCCCUCGCCCGAAUGCCCGCCAAGCUUUCGAAUGGCUCUACAUUGUGAAGCUGCACGGGAGGUGGUUGCCAAGCACUGCAAGGGGCUCUCUUGGGGUGCCUACUUCUGCCGGGCAUGGGACCUCGCUUCUGUCUUUACAUUGAUGGUUGCUGCUGUUGUCACGUCGAACUACGUGUUGAUUGCGGGGCUGCUGGUCUUGUUCCUCCUGGCGGUUGUUCGGGUUGGACUUCGUCGCACAGUCCUUUCACCCAUCUUCAUGCUGGUCCCAGAAGGCUCCUCAAUCUUCGGCCUUGCGGAUCACCAGCGGAGUGCUCGUUGCUUCAACCUUGUUCACGUGAUUUUGAAGACGAUGUGCUUGAUGCUGGCAGUGUAUGCUUUCCUGUCCACUUCAGACACAUUUUCGAGCUUCCGAUGCUAUGGGGAGUCCGGGCAAGAUUGCAGUCAAGCACCGGACUUCUUGCAAAGCAUGUGCCGGGAUGGGAAUUUCAGCGCACCAGACUACAUCUCCUGCACAGAGCAGCACGACUUCUGGUUGGAGGGCAAUUGUAACGUCAAUGCUGCUUAUUGCCCAUUCUAUCACUUAUUUGGCGAGCCAGAGUCUUCCCCUUCCUCUUCCCUCAACGAUCAGUUGACAGAUGCAGGCUCACAGCUCGGUGGAUUGUUCUUGUACUUGAGCCUCAUGGUUGGGCCGUUCUUGUGUUUCGGGGGAUCGCUGUGCUGGGCUGUCACCGUGGUGGUGCUCCAUAAGAAGUGUCCCUGGGCUGCUCCUCCUUCUCCUACACUCCGCGAAGAAGUAGCGGCGGAGACGCAACGGCGUCUGACAGAAUUCGAUCCAAACAAGGCGUCAAUGACAGGAAGAGCAUGGAUCCUUUUUGACUUUGGCUGCUUUGUCUUCGACAUCGGAACAGACUUCAACACCUUGCUCACCUAUGCGGCUACUAACAACACGGCCUUUUUCUUUGCACAGGCGUUUCUCUUUCUACUGGCCCUGAUGACUCAGUGCCGCUUUGGCUUUCGAAGGGUAUGGACCUCCUUCCAAGAAAGCUUUGCAGUGGGAAAGAGGUCGGAUGCCUUCAUGGAGAUGACCCGCAUGGAGAAGAGUUGUGAAGCACCGCUGGCCAUGCUGUUGCAAUACUACGCCUUCUGGUUCUUGGUGAGCAGCCGUUACGCUGUCUUCACGGCAGCCUUUGGAAUGGCCUUGAGCUUCCGUGGCAUGGUCUCCGGUUCCUACGAGCUGAUUCACCUGAGCGUCGCGGACAAGCUGUACCACUCACAAGCUGUCCAGCCGGAACCGGAGGAGAAGCCAACGGCUUCGGGGUAG